CUUCCACCUAAACCUUAUUUAAUGGACCCAGUUUAUUACUGCAAAGUGUGAGGGAACCGUACGUAUAAUUAUACGUGGAUGUGCGGAGAGCAUACGUAUGAACAGUUUAUGGAGAAGUAUGGGGGUGAUAUGGUAAGGGAACUCCAGGGAUGGAAAGAAUCUAGGAAGGAUGAACUGGUUGGUAAGUGCCAUAUAGAUGCUGGAGAAACUGAGAAAUAUCUUCUUAGAAGUGAAGAAGCCUUUGGUCGGAUCUUACUUGCUGUCUGGUCUGAGGCAAAGGAAAGAGAAAGAGCUUACAACCAAAGCGAGUAUUGCUCCAUUAAUAUUGAGUGCAAGUUAUUCACCAGAAAGUUCAAAUCAUUAAGACUGCCCAAAAUUGAUCCUUAUUUCACCAAUGUAACAUCAAACAAGCUUAAAAAGCCUUAUCUUGAGUAUUUCAUGCCUAUGAAGCAUAAGCUGCGUCGUUUGAAAAUUUGAUCUCGUACCCCACAUGCUAAGCUCGGAUCCCAUUUAUCUCUGAUAACGAAGAACUCUUUCAGAGUCUGGGCUCUAAAUGUGAUACGUUUUACAGUUCCAAUGGCUCAUCUCAAUAGGAUCCUUGUAGCUUACAUGACAUCCAAAUAUUUGAAUUUUGAUCAAUGUAGGAUUGUAUGAAGCAGUAACUUCGAGCUGCCUUCUUGCUUCAGUCACGGUGUGCAAAGAAAAUCUACUAUAAAUACACUAAGUCUUACAAACUGUUAUCUCCCAGGUCCUAGCCCAACAUUCCACGAAGACAGCCAAGAGAAUCUGAAGGAAUACUUGAAAGCUCUGCUCCCAGAGGGCAAGAUUGUGAUUCGUAAAAUUUAGAGGUAAUUCAUCAAAGAGUUAAUU